AUGUCAGCGACAGUAGUUAGAGCAGCUACUUCUUUAGCGAAAAGACCUCGUUUACAAAGGGCAGCAAUGACUUUGACUCCAGCGGCAGUAAAUAAGCUCCGUGAAAUUGUUGAAGGGCCUGAACCGAAAUUGGUCCGUGUAGCUGUAAAGAACAAGGGCUGUGCUGGAUUAUCAUAUGUCUUGGAAUAUGCUAAAGAAAAGGGGAAGUUUGACGAAGUGAUCAAACAAGACGGUAAAUUCUUCACUUAUAUGUUGUGA